AUGCUGGACUGGACGACGAUUUCCAACCUGUUCGAAAGGGCUUCGAAUAACGUGGUUCUCACGUUGAAAUUAGUAAGGUGUGUACUUGGCGACCCCACGAAAUUCAAGCUUCAUCCCCGUCUACUGGAAGCUCUUAUACAGCACGAAAACUUACUUCAGGCUUGUGAAGACUUGAUUCCUGGGUUCGCUGAUAUCGUCUCAGCACCACUUCGAAAUGACCAACUUGUCAAGGAGAUCCUCAGUGGGAAUGGCAGUAAUUUUACAGCCGGAGCCCUUCCGGCUGUCCUGUUUUGUAGCGACGAAAAUCUGCCCGCUGGUAUCUUCUGGAGUGUAUUCAAGGACAACCCGCAUGUGGCGCUGACGUCUUUGUGGAAUGCGAAAACCAUAAGCGUUACACGCAAUAGUUAUAUGUUGUUGCUGAACAACUUACUGGCCAUAGCUCAGUCUCCGGUCAGAAGGUCGCUCAAUAAAAAAAUGGAAAGAUUAUUUCUACUAGCUUUUGCAUCUGUAGUCUCAAGUUUGGCUCACUCUAUUGCGAAAAGGUAA